CAAAAUAAAGCCCUCGUGACAUUUGACGGUGACAGGUGCGCGUGUGUGAUCUACCCGAUAGGGACACGCCUCCCGCAUGGACAAUGCACACGUGCAGUACACGACGAAAACAUUAUUCUUUAUGACAUGAAGUGAGACAUGGUAGUGGUGGUCGCCGUGUCUGUGGUGGCGCCACUGCUGCUGCUGGUGGUGGUGCUCAUCAAGUGUCUGGGUUGCCUGAGGAAAAAAGAGGGUUUCAAGACUUUUGAAAAUGAGGAUUCUCGUAUGGAAGCGAGAAUCAACCCUGGCUUCGCCAUGGGUCAAGAUGUGGACACCAGAGAUCAGACAAUGUCAACAACCAUUCAGAUCGAACCCCUACCAGAGCUGCUGGCCGAGUCCACACCCAGGAAGCCAAAGAUAGCAUGUGUGGAGAAGACAAAGCAAGAGGCAGCCUUCAAGCUUGUUGUAAUAAAUAACCCUCACCCUUUCCCAAGGCGACAGCUGACCUACUUGAAAGAAAUUGGAACUGGAUGGUUUGGACAGGUACUGGAGUCUGAUGCAGAGCACAUUACAACAGGGAUUCCUCUGAGUCGUGUCGUGGCCAAAGUCUUGAGAGAUGAUGCAUCUAACUCGGAGAAGAAACUCUUCCUUGAGGAUGUAGUACCUUACAGGGAACUGGAACACUCCAAUGUGCUGCGUCUGCUGGGCCAGUGUACUGAAAGCGCCCCCUAUCUCAUGAUUCUGGAGUAUGCUCAGAUGGGUGACCUCAAGACGUGCGUGAAGAAAUUGAAGGAUCGAGCUGAAGUUAUGAUGCAGAACUACCAGGUGGUUAAGUUUGCCAUUGAUGCUGCGAGUGGAUUGGCUUGUUUACAUCGCCAUGGUUACAUACACCAGGAUUUUGCAGCCCGAAACUGUGUGGUGAUGUCAGAUUACACGGUCAAAAUAGGGGAUUAUGGGAUAUCCGAGGAUGUGUUCAAGGAUGACUACUUCGUCAGUGGGAAGGAGAGUCUCCCCAUCAGGUGGAUGGCUCCAGAGUCCCUCAGUCAGCAAUCAGGCAACUGGCAAACAGCCGUCAUCACCAGGGAGGCAAAUAUCUGGUCGUUCGGGGUGCUGCUGUGGGAGAUGCUGAUGUUUGGCAAGCAGCCGUAUGGCAACAUGGCCGACGACCAGGUGCUGCAGACGGUCAUUGCAGACCGCAUGGUCAAACUGCCAGAGCCUGACGUCAACAUACUGUUCAAGGACAGAAUAGUGGAGGUGAUGCUGUUCUGUUGGCUAAACCCAGGUCAGAGACCCAGCAUAGAGGAUGCCCAUGGUCUGCUACAGAGAUUGUAUGAAAUUGUGGCCGGUGAUCAAACUAAGGCAGAGAACUUUGAAAAGAAAUGGAACCAGAUGAUACCCCACGAGGCACGUAUUGUGGCGGCCAAACCACAGCACAAGCAGCAGACACGACCGGCAUCAGCUAGCUUUGACAGCAACUUUGUUCCAGACCCGAAACCUGAACCCCAACAACCAGUCUCCGAUCAACCUGCCAAAGCAGAGGAACUCUUUUCAGUGAAAAUUGAGGACAAUAUGUCCACCUCAGUGACCAAUGGUGACCAUAUUGCUGUCAACAUGCAGCCGAGUUUGGCCGGCAAACUGGCCCAGUUACCCACACCCUCUCGCCAUACACUGCCUGCUCACAUGACCAGCACUCCCAUCAUGGACCUAGCACCAACCCCAGCUGAACCUGAUGUCAGUCAGAAACAACAAAAAUCGGGAUCGGGGUCGAGAACCAGUAGAAAAAUUGAAGAUGAAUUCAGUGUAGCAUUAGCAGCUUCGACCAAAAGCAAUUCCAGUUCCUUAGCUUCACCAGUGCCAUCAGAGGAGAAGACACCUGAUGUUUUGAUUGAUGUGCCAAAGGAAGACACAGCUGCAGAUCUUCUGGGAGCAUUAGACAAGGAGGAGGAUUUGCCUGUGUCAUCAGAUCAGUUUGAUUUGUUGGGAGGAAAACCUGUAGUUUCCCCAACCAAGCCAGCAUCCAGUCUGCAUAUUCUUGAAGCUGUUGGGGAACCUCUACAAGAUGUACAAAAUCAGCAUAACACACUUGCAUCAGACAUAGCACUGGAGGGGAAUAAGCCAGAACAAGCACCUGCAAACAAUAAAGAUCCUUUUGCAGAUUUGUUCGGGCAAGGUGAUAUUGCAGACCAGAUAAAACCUGUGUCAUCUCAGCCAGAUGCUAGUGCUGAGCUGUUGCCUGGCAAAGGAAACCAAUCACUACUCAGUGAAUCUUCAUCUAAAGGUGAUGCAGAGUCACCUGUCUCAGGAUUUGAUGAGCCGUACAGCAAAGCUGAUCCUGCAGGUAAGCAGACGGCUUCAUCUGACACCAAACGUGACACUGAUGUAGAACCACAGAAUUUUCUUUCUAAUGAUAUAGAUUUAGUGUCGUCUCGUAACUUUCAGGCUGAGAGUAUAAUUCCGAGUACAUUCCAAUCCAAUGAGAGAUUAGCGGAUGAACCUGUUUCUAAAGGUGAGAAUGUGAAGCCGUCAGACCUUGCUCUGGACAAUGGCACAUCCGGAUAUGAAACUCCUGCAGAUCAGUCUGUCAAAUCAGACUCUAAUGAGGAAAACACAAGUGGGGCUGAAUCUUCAUCAGACAGUGCUGUGUGUGUGAGUUCCCCAGAGCUGGCAGAUGCGCCCAGUUCCUUUGAUGGAGCAGCGCCCUCCGGUGAGAAGGUAGGUACAUGUGUAGAAUAUGUGAGUGAUGAUGAGAGUAAAAGUAGUUCCUCUGAAUCCGAUAGUUCGUCUGACUCUUCAAACAGUGGCAGUUCUUAUGUAUGCGAGGACAGAAGACGGCACAUUCAGGUGACAGAUCUUGAUGCAGACGACGAUGAUUCCGAUAAUUUGGAUGAACGCCAGGAUAACAUAAGUGAUGAAGUGACAGAUUCAGAUGAGGAUCUUGACCUUAGACUUGCUAGUGAACUCUACCUCUCUAAAGGUGUCAGUUCUCCAAGAGUGUUUGAACGGCCGCCAUUAGAAACCAUUCCAGAGGACGUGAUGCCCUCACCCUCCGAUACAAGCUCCGUAGAUCUUAAAUUUGAUGCCCACUUUGACGAUGUGUUCGCCUCUCAAGAUAAUUUUGAGUGGGACGAUUUUAUGGGCGAGUCUAUUGUGGGCCGUGAUAGGACUAGUAACACUCCCAAGGCUAGUUUUGACAUGUCUGAUUGGUUGAUGGAUGGCGACUCCCUCAGCUACAGGAGCAGCGGCAGCAUCCAGUCUCCGCUUGAAAGUGUCAGCCCGGAUAUUCUCGGAACUAGUGAUCCCUCCAUACGUCUCUCGACUGCCUCAACUUCGGAGGUAAAGCGACAACGAGGCCGGACGUCUCGUUCAUAUGUAUCCGAUCUCAUCACUAAUCGUAGUAUACACGACUCCUUUACUAACACAAAAAAUACCCGGACACCUUUUUACUCAUUAUUUGAUAACGUAGACAUGGACUCCGACUCAGAUACUAAUCUGAGCCCAGAAUCUAACCAGCCUGAAUCUCGCCUAACUGAAACAGCCCCAGCAGGAUUGCAUGACAAAGUGGAAGAUUUAGCGUCCGGCUCUCGGACUGACGACUCUUUGUUUAUUCAGCAACCAUCUUUGAGCACAACUGAUCCAACCCUCUCAGUGGAAACAUCUGUGUCAUCUGCAUCAGUUUUAGAAGCAGACGUGACCAAUCAGAAACUGCCUGGGGAGCAACAGACUGAAGUGUCACCUGAUCCCUCUGAUAAUUUGGAAGGGUUAGGGGGGAUUGAUAAAGGGAAGGGUAAUGUAAGCAGGCAAGGUCAACCAAAGAAAAAACCUGUUCCAGAAGAUCUGGAAUCUGCAUUUGAAGAGUUGGCAAGUCAGCAUGGUAUUGAUUUAUUUGGCUCAGGUGAAGUUUCAAACAUAUCUGAUAAUCAGUACAAUGAGUUCAGUUUUGAGUCUUUGGGCAAAAGUAGUGAUGUUAAUCUUUUUGAUGAUUUUGUAAGUCCUGAUACUAAUGAUACGUCUCAUAAACCCGAGGUGCCUUCCGUUGCGGCCUUUUUCACUGGCUUAGACAUUCCAACACUACCUGUUGCCCCUAAAACAACAAAUGCAGCUCUUGUGAAGGCUGUUGCCGAUGACUCUUUUAGUAAGGAAACUGUUGUCAGUCUGACUGCAUCAAGCAGUGACCUUGUUAGUUCAGAAGUUGAUAGUUCCUGUGUUAUUCAUACUGAAAAGUCAGAAUUAGAUGGUCAUGAAAAUGAAAAGAAUGAGUUUAUCAAGAGUGAGAAUGUUCCAAAUGAGGAUGAGGAAUCAGAUUCUGAUCCUGGCCGAUCUGAUACCCUCACAGAGCCAGCCUUAACAGAUAGGUCAGGUUCUGAUGAGCAUGAAAAAACCCAGCAGUUUACUGAUCCUGAGUCUAGCACAGUGAGCUUCAGUGAUCUAGAUGCUGCAGAUUCUUUCCAAGUGCUCAGCUAUCCUGGACAAAGUGUUGAUGCCACCCAGAUUCCGUCCAUCAGUAACAUAGAGUUCCCAGCAGCUUCUGCUGCUGCAUUAGUUAUUGACAUGACAGGUAUACCUAAUGUCUCUGAUAGCUUCUUACAAACCACAGAGGAUAACAUGACGACAGACAGUUUGACACAGUUGGGUGAGAGUUUUGUUAAUAUUGAUGUCCCAAGUAUUCACACCGAGGCACCUGACUUGUUAGAAGGUAGCUAUGAGGCAGAUGUUCAUGCAGACUCAGAAGCAUCUGUUGAACAAGAAGGCAGUGACAUUACAAAUGAAGAGAGUUUUUCUUUUACCAUUGAACCACAAGAGUCACCACAAGGGAAGGAAACUUAUGAAUCAGCAGAUAAUAAUUCAUUUGACAUGGUUGAGACUGCAUCAGAUGUUGACAACAUCACUGAAUCACUAGCAUAUUCAAUGGAUGAGUUGAAUGAAUCAGAAAUUACCGUUGAGUGUAAGCCACUGGAUAGUGUGCUAUCUAACUCGUCUCCAAGCAUUUCAUCAUCUGUUGAGAUUGGAAAUCCAUCAACAGAUGCUGUACGGGACUCCAUGCCAUAUGGUGGAACCGAUGCCAACCCAGAUAUGUCACCAGCAGAUGCUUAUGGCAAUAGAGAUGAGGGUUUGACAGGUGAUGUUGAAUCUCAUGAUGUUGCAGGUAUUUCAGGUGGAAGUCUAGUUGUAGUUGACACAGAAAAGGACAAUGACACAUUUUCUGCUUUGGAGAAACAAACAUUGAGCACAGAAUCAAAUAGUCCAAAGGAAGACUUUGAGACAGUUUUUAGACAUUCAGACACAGAUCUUGUACCUGAUACCAUAAGUGAUAAGAAUGAAUUAGAAAUAACUGCUAAAGAUUAUCCAAACACCUCAAAUACUGCAGCAAAUGCUGAAAAGCAAGAUUUAUUAGAUGGGAAAACAGACGUAGGACACCACAUUCUGUUGCAAAAGGGUAUAAACACUGAGGAUAAAUCUGUAGACCACAUCUCACAAAUUGGUGCAGAGACCAACGCAUCCAUAGGUGGAACAGACAAAGCAGUUGAUGUGAUAUCAGGUCCGGGACCAAUACAUUACAAUGAUGCUGUUACUGAGGGUGACUCAGAGGGCAUUGUUUCUGAGAUUGGCCUUUACUCUCAGAGCCCGAUGGCCAUUGAACAGACCAAGGUUGAUGAUCAUGAUGUCUUAGGUCAGGAACUAAGUUCUUCUAGUAGUGAGAUGGAGGAGGAUGUUCAGACAAUGGUCAGUCAACAAACUGUAAAUCAAACUGAUGUGUUUGAGGGUUUGGUGACAGAUCAAUCUGCAGUGAUUGAAAAAGGUAGUGAUACACAAGGCAGUCUGAUCACACAAGACAAUGAUGUAUCUGUGAAACCUUCCAAUUUCCAAGCAGAUAUUUUUUAUGACAAUUUAUCACCAGUGCAAGCCUUUGAUAACGAUGAAAUUCCAGCCACCUCAAUUUCAAGCAUUUUGAGUGAAGAUGCUAUUGAUGAAACAGACACAGAAAAGGAAAUCCAUGGCUUCAGGCCUGAUGCCCUUCUUCCAGACAUGUCUCCAGAACAGCAUCAGCUACCACCUAGCAAGGACAGUGACUUCACUGGCCUUGAAGAUUUGGAACAAAUCUCUGUGCCAGAUGAUUUACCCUCGGUAUCUGAGCAGUUAAUUGAUAAAGACAAGAUUCUUGAUGAGUCUUCAAAGCCUCAAGAUCAACUCCUUGGUGUUAAUAUUGCACAGCAGGUUCCAUCUAGCGAGAACAAUGACUUCACUGGCCUUCAAGGUUUUGAGCAAAUCCCAGUGCCGAAUGAUUUACCCUCUGUCCCCGAUUCUGAGCAGUUAACUUGCCUUGCUGAUCACAUAUCUCAUCCUGACAUAAGCAUAGAUGCAAAAGAGAGCACUGCAGAAGUUUCCGGUUCAUCAGGCAUGACAUCAAAUGUUUUUGAACCUAGCAAUGUUGAUGACUUUGGCCAAGCAUUCAUCCUUGGAAAGGACUCCUUGAAACAAAGAACUUCAGAACAAAAUGAUGCCCCAGAAGAGGUGUCGUGGGCUUCUGAUGUUUCUGAAGCAGGAAGUGAUAACUCUCUCAAUGAUUUUGAGGACCUUGGUAUGACAACAUCAGAACAAGUGGUAGUGAGUCAACAAGGUGAUGGUAGUGCUGUGUCCACUGAUUCCUUAUUGGAUGACUUUGUUGAAAUCUCCAAUUCCGUAGGAGAACAAGGAUUUCUCAGUGACAUCAGUGAAACCAGUGAAACUCAGGCAAAGUCAGAUUCACAGUUCACAGAAAACACUGAAGUAGCUAAUGAUGGUGAAACUGUUGAAGAAAGAGGAGAUGAAUUUCUAGUCCUUGGUGCAUCAGAGGAAGAGAAACAAACAAAGUUUUACAGUGAUGGCUCAAACGAAAGUAAUUUAGGUCAGAGCGUUAUUGAUUUUCCAGAUUCAUCAUUAACUGACUCACAAGAAUCUGCAGCAUUCCUUGAUUUACCAUCGGAUGAAAAUCACAAAAGUCCUCAAGAUGCGAGCACUUUUAAGUUUGCACCAGACAUUCAGUCUCAAUCAAACUCUCAGGAGGGUCUAGAAAUAGACAAUGAUGAAUUUGGUAUGUCUGAGACUAAAGGGGAAUUAAACACAGCUUCUCCAGUCACCAUUGCAGAAAUUAACAUCGACACUGAUGUGUUAUGUAUGUCACCACCAAUAGCUACAAGUCAAACAGAAGAAGACACUUUGAAACCUAAUCAAAAUGUUUCUUCAGACCUAAAAAAUAUGCAUCCAUCAAGUCAGGAUAUGAUGGCAGAUUCUACUGUAUCUGAUGCUGCACAAGUGAUCAUAUCAGAGGGCAUUGUCAGCAUAUCACCUACUGAGGACAUUAAAACAAGUCAGCCAUCUAAUACCAUUACACCUAUUAACAAUCAAGCCACAGGUAUUGAUGACUUAACAUCUGAAGCAGACCCUGUCUAUGAUGCAUUCCCUUCAGUGGAGACUGUACAAACAGUAGACAGUGAACCAUUUGGCCUGGCAUCUGGUGAGAACACUGUCCCAAGUCUAGAGGCAUCAGAUGCAUUCCCCUCAGUGGAGACUGUACAAACAGCAGACAGUGAUCCAUUUGGCCUGACAUCUGCUACCGGUGAGAACACUGUUCCAAAUCUAGAGGCAUCAGAUGCAUUCCCCUCAGUGGAGACUGAACAAACAGGAGACAGUGAUUCAUUUGGCUUGACAUCUGGUGAGAACACUGUUCCAAAUCUUGAAGCAUCAGAUGCAUUCACCUUGGUGGAGACUGAACAAACAGCAGACAGUGAUCCAUUUGGCCUGACAUCUGGUACUGGUGAGAACACUGCUCCAAAUCUAGAGGCACCAGAUGCAUUCCCCUCAGUGGAGACUGUACAAACAGGAGACAGUGAUCCAUUUGGCCUGACAUCUGGUACUGGUGAGAACAUUGUUCCAAAUCUUGAGGCAUCAGAUGCAUUCCCCUCAGUGGAGACUGUACAAACAGCAGACAGUGAUCCAUUUGGCCUGACAUCUGGUACUGGUGAGAACACUGUUCCAAAUCUUGAAGCAUCAGAUGCAUUCACCUUGGUGGAGACUGGACAGACACAAGACAGUGAUCCAUUUGGUCUGACAUCUGCUACUGGUGAGAACACUGCUCCAAAUCUUGAGGCAUCAGAUGCAUUCCCCUCAGUGGAGACUGUACAAACAGCAGACAGUGAUCCAUUUGGCCUGACAUCUGCCACUAAUGUGAAUGCUGUUCCAAAUCUAGAGACAUCAGAUGCAUUCCCCUCAGUGGAGACUGUACAAACAGCAGACAGUGGUCCAUUUGGCCUGACAUCUGCUACUGGUGAGAACACUGCUCCAAAUCUUGAGGCAUCAGAUGCAUUCCCCUCAGUGGAGACUGUACAAACAGCAGACAGUGAUCCAUUUGGCCUGACAUCUGCCACUAAUGUGAAUGCUGUUCCAAAUCUAGAGACAUCAGAUGCAUUCCCCUCAGUGGAGACUGUACAAACAGCAGACAGUGAUCCAUUUGGCCUGACAUCUGCUACUGGUGAGAACACUGUUCCAAAUCUUGAAGCAUCAGAUGCAUUCACCUUGGUGGAGACUGAACAAACAGCAGACAGUGAUCCAUUUGGCCUGACAUCUACUACUGGUGAGAACACUGUUCCAAAUCUAGAGGCAUCAGAUGCAUUCCCCUCAGUGGAGACUGUACAAACAGCAGACAGUGAUCCAUUUGGCCUGACAUCUGGUACUGGUGAGAACACUGUUCCAAAUCUUGAAGCAUCAGAUGCAUUCACCUUGGUGGAGACUGAACAAACAGCAGACAGUGAUCCAUUUGGCCUGACACCUGGUACUGGUGAGGACACUGUUCCAAAUCUUGAAGCAUCAGAUGCAUUCACCUUGGUGGCAACUGAACAAACAGCAGACAGUGAUUCAUUUGGCCUGACAUCUGGUACUGGUGAGAACACUGUUCCAAAUCUAGAGGCACCAGAUGCAUUCCCCUCAGUGGAGACUGUAAAAACAGCAGACAGUGGUCCAUUUGACCUGACAUCUGCUUCUGGUGAAGUCACUGUUCCAAAUCUUGAGACAUUAGAUGCAUUCCCCUCAGUGGAGACUGGACAGACACAAGACAGUGAUCCAUUUGGCCUGACAUCUGCCACUAAUGUGAACGCUGUUCCAAAUCUUGAGACACCAGAUGCAUUCCCCUCAGUGGAGACUGUACAAACAGCAGACAGUGAUCCAUUUGGCCUGACAUCUGCUACUGGUGAGAACACUGUUCCAAAUCUUGAAGCAUCAGAUGCAUUCACCUUGGUGGAGACUGAACAAACAGAAGACAGUGAUCCAUUUGGCCUGCCAUCUGCUACUGGUGAGGACACUGUUCCAAAUCUUGAAGCAUCAGAUGCAUUCACCUUGGUGGCGACUGAACAAACAGCAGACAGUGAUCCAUUUGGCCUGACAUCUGGUACUGGUGAGAACACUGUUCCAAAUCUAGAGGCACCAGAUGCAUUCCCCUCAGUGGAGACUGUACAAACAGCAGACCGUGAUCCAUUUGGCCUGACAUCUGGUACUGGUGAGAACACUGUUCCAAAUCUAGAGGCACCAGAUGCAUUCCCCUCAGUGGAGACUGUACAAACAGGAGACAGUGAUCCAUUUGGCUUGACAUCUGGUGAGAACACUGUUCCAAAUCUUGAGGCAUCAGAUGCAUUCACCUUGGUGGAGACUGAACAAACAGCAGACAGUGAUCCAUUUGGCCUGACAUCUGCCACUAAUGUGAACGCUGUUCCAAAUCUAGAGGCACCAGAUGCAUUCCCCUCAGUGGAGACUGUACAAACAGCAGACAGUGAUCCAUUUGGCCUGACAUCUGCUACUGGUGAGAACACUGUUCCAAAUCUAGAGGCAUCAGAUGCAUUCCCCUCAGUGGAGACUGUACAAACAGGAGACAGUGAUCCAUUUGGCUUGACAUCUGGUGAGAACACUGUUCCAAAUCUUGAGGCAUCAGAUGCAUUCACCUUGGUGGAGACUGAACAAACAGCAGACAGUGAUCCAUUUGGCCUGACAUCUGCUACUGGUGAGAACACUGCUCCAAAUCUUGAGACAUUAGAUGCAUUCCCCUCAGUGGAGACUGAACAAACAGCAGACAGUGAUCCAUUUGGCCUGACAUCUACUACUGGUGAGAACAUUGCUCCAAAUCUUGAGGCAUCAGAUGCAUUCCCCUCAGUGGAGACUGUACAAACAGGAGACAGUGAUCCAUUUGGCCUCACAUCUGCUGAGAACACUGCUCCAAAUCUAGAGGCAUCAGAUGCAUUCCCCUCAGUGGAGACUGUACAAACAGCAGACAGUGGUCCAUUUGGCCUCACAUCUGCUUCUGGUGAAGACACUGUUCCAAAUCUUGAGACAUUAGAUGCAUUCCCCACAGUGGAGACUGGACAGACACAAGACAGUGAUCCAUUUGGUCUGACAUCUGCUACUGGUGAGAACACUGCUCCAAAUCUUGAGGCAUCAGAUGCAUUCCCCUCAGUGGAGACUGUACAAACAGCAGAUAGUGAUCCAUUUGGCCUGACAUCUGGUACUGGUGAGAACACUGUUCCAAAUCUUGAAGCAUCAGAUGCAUUCCCCUCAGUGGAGACUGUACAAACAGCAGACAGUGAUCCAUUUGGCCUGACAUCUGGUGAGAACACUGCUCCAAAUCUAGAGGCAUCAGAUGCAUUCCCCUCAGUGGAGACUGUACAAACAGCAGACAGUGAUCCAUUUGGCUUGACAUCUGGUGAGAACACUGUUCCAAAUCUUGAAGCAUCAGAUGCAUUCACCUUUGUGGAGACUGAACAAACAGCAGACAGUGGUCCAUUUGGCCUGACAUCUGCUACUGGUGAGAACACUGCUCCAAAUCUUCAGACACCAGAUGCAUUCCCCUCAGUGGAGACUGGACAAACAGCAGACAGUGAUCCAUUUGGCCUGACAUCUGGUACUGGUGAGAACACUGUUCCAAAUCUUGAAGCAUCAGAUGCAUUCACCUUGGUGGAGACUGGACAGACACAAGACAGUGAUCCAUUUGGCCUGACAUCUGCCACUAAUGUGAGCGCUGUUCCAAAUCUAGAGGCACCAGAUGCAUUCCCCUCAGUGGAGACUGUACAAACAGCAGACAGUGAUCCAUUUGGCCUGACAUCUGCUACUGGUGAGAACACUGCUCCAAAUCUUGAGACACCAGAUGCAUUCCCCUCAGUGGAGACUGAACAAACAGAAGACAGUGAUCCAUUUGGUGUGACAUCUGCUACUGGUGAGAACACUGUUCCAAAUCUUGAGGCACUGGAUGCAUUCACCUCGGUGGAGACUGUACAAACAGCAGACAGUGAUCCAUUUGGCCUGACAUCUGGAGAGAACACUGUUCCAAAUCUAGAGGCACCAGAUGCAUUCCCCUCAGUGGAGACUGUACAAACAGAAGACAGUGAUCCAUUUGGCCUGACAUCUGCCACUGGUGAAGACACUGUUCCAAAUCUUGAGACAUUAGAUGCAUUCCCCUCAGUGGAGACUGGACAAACAGAAGACAGUGAUCCAUUUGGCCUGACAUCUGCUCCUGGUGAAGACACUGUUCCAAAUCUUGAGACAUUAGAUGCAUUCCCCUCAGUGGAGGCUGGACAAACAGAAGACAGUGAUCCUUUUGGCCUGACAUCUGCCACUAAUGUGAACGCUGUUCCAAAUCUAGAGGCACCAGAUGCAUUCCCCUCAGUGGAGCCUGGAGAGACACAAGACAGUGAUCCAUUUGGUCUGACAUCUGCUACUGGUGAGAACACUGCUCCAAAUCUUGAGGCAUCAGAUGCAUUCCCCUCAGUGGAGACUGUACAAACAGAAGACAGUGAUCCAUUUGGCCUGUCAUCUGCUACUGGUGAGGACACUGUUCCAAAUCUUGAAGCAUCAGAUGCAUUCACCUUGGUGGAGACUGGACAAACAGCAGACAGUGAUCCAUUUGGCCUGACAUCUGCUUCUAAUGUGAACGCUGUUCCAAAUCUAGAGGCACCAGAUGCAUUCCCCUCAGUGGAGAGUGGACAGACACAAGACAGUGAUCCAUUUGGUGUGACAUCUGCUACUGGUGAGGACACUGUUCCAAAUCUUGAAGCAUCAGAUGCAUUCACCUUGGUGAAGACUGGAAAAACAGCAGACAGUGAUCCAUUUGGCCUGACAUCUGCUACUGGUGAGAAAACUGCUCCAAAUCUUAAAGAAUCAGAUGCAUUCCCCUCAGUAGAGACUGUACAAACAGCAGACAGUGAUCCAUUUGGCCUGACAUCUGGAGAGAACACUGUUCCAAAUCUAGAGGCACCAGAUGCAUUCCCCUCAGUGGAGACUGUACAAACAGAAGACAGUGAUCCAUUUGGCCUGACAUCUGCUACUGGUGAGAACACUGCUCCAAAUCUUGAGACAUUAGAUGCAUUCCCCUCAGUGGAGACUGGACAGACACAAGACAGUGAUCCAUUUGGCCUGACAUCUGCCACUGGUGAGAACGCUGUUCCAAAUCUAGAGGCACCAGAUGCAUUCCCCUCAGUGGAGACUGUACAAACAGAAGACAGUGAUCCAUUUGGCCUGACAUCUGCUAUUGGUGAGAACACUGCUCCAAAUCUUGAGACAUUAGAUGCAUUCCCCUCAGUGGAGACUGGACAGACACAAGACAGUGAUCCAUUUGGUCUGAAGUCUGCUACUGGUGAGAACACGGCUCCAAAUCUGGGUGCAGCACGUUCAUUCCCUUCAGUAAUAGGAAACAAAGUAAAUAUUGAUCCAUUUGGCCUUUCAUCUUCCCAGGACAACACUGUUCCUUGUAGUGUUGAACCAAACCCCUCAGCCGAGACCAGUCAAAUUGCAGACAGUGAUCCAUUUGGCAUGACAGCUCUUUCUCAGAAUGAUACUGUUCCAAAUCUCAGCACAUCAAAUACGUUCCCUUCAGUAGAGACCGGUCAGACAGCAGACAGUGAUCCCUUUGGCCUGACAUUGCAGGUUGAUCCAAGUCAACUUGAGACUGGUGACAUGUUUGAUUUUAACUCUGGUAAUAAAUUAGGCAGUGGCGCUGCUGAACAAAGCCCCAUGACAGUUUCUGGGAUGUUGUUAGACUUUGUGCAGGCUGGUUCUGAGGCACCAUCUCGGGCAAACAGUGGCACCUCGGCUGACAUGUUCGGAUCUUCACUAGAUUUUUCAUCUUCUCAAGACUUGAGCCAAUCAGCUGCUGACACCAAAGAAUCUGACCAAUCAGCAUUGUUAGAUAUGUUUGAAAAACCACCUCCUUCCACAGAAGUUGAGCCACAAAAGAGUGACACCUCUUCACUUGUUGAUCUUUUUUGAAAUGUCAUUUGUUCAAACACGUAGAAAUCAGUCCAUGAGACUUAACAAAUGCAUUUGAGACAUUUUGAUUUUCAAAUAUGGCAAUUUACUUAACAUAUUCAUCCUUACAAGAGGAAUUGUUGAAAAAAUAAUAUUACUGUGAAUAACAUUUUAUGUACAUGAUGCAGAACUUGGGCACCUUAUUAGAAAAAGUACCCAAACUGAAAAUAACUGCUUAUAUUUGCAGCUGUUCCAUAUUUGUAUAAUUUUGUUUUCACAAUUGGGUUUUGUUGACCUUGCCUCCUGUUGUCACUGUAAAACUGAUGGUGCUGGAGAUGCUCCCGCUGGUGAGACGGAAGCGGCUGGUCAGAAGACUGUCCUCUGUAGAACACUACACAAUACCAUGUUGAUGUUAUCUGUUUCCUUUAUCCCAAAGUUUUCUACACAAAGCAGUAAAAUAUAUACAACUUGUAUCUGAAAUAGAUAUGCUUGUUAUGUGAUAAGGCACAGCACAGUUUUACCAAAGGUGUAUAGCUACGAAAUCCUAUCUGUUUUGUUCCUACUUCCUCAUAUUGUUUAAGCUGGUGGAAGUCUGAAACAUAGUUCAGUUUGACAUGAAGGCAUAUCUUUAGUCCUGAUUCACCUCUUGAUACUUGGUAUGUGUUAAUAGAACAAGUGUUAAAUGGGAGUAUGGAGAUAUAGAUAGAUAGGCAUACUAUUGUCUGUCUUAUAAUAUACUUUAUCAAAUUAUUUCUUUCACUCACUGUAACUUUUUCAAAAAAUGUAUUUCUUUAUGACUAUGACCAAGGGUAGGUAACUCUGCUUCCUCAGAUUAUCUUGCAAAGUACAUAUGACUUCCUCUAUCUGAAAAACCUUAUUGACCCAAGAUGUACUAAACAUCAUUUGCUUAGAACCACCUUCUUUGAUUAAAGAUGACUAUUUUGGUUCUUGGCAAAUGUUGAGUUGUAUAUGUUUUUGGGGGACUUGGUGUAAGUUACUCUAUUAACUGGUACAUUAUCAUCUUUAUGAAAAACCUUUUGUCCCAUAACAAAUCUUGGAGCCCUUUAAGAUCUUGUAAUCUGCAUGUUUUUUCUUUGACUACUGCACAGGUAGAUACUGUCAUGUGAUGUGCUCAAAAGCAGAGAGUAUCUGACAAAAUGAAGUUGUUUGUGUUAGUUCAAGUUAAAUUUAUGAUGUAUGUUAUACUUUCAUAUGGCAGACUUUGAUAAGACAGUUCAUUAAAUUGUGACAUGAUACUUGGUUAACCGUGUCACCUCGAACCCACAGUACAUUUAAACAUUAGCUGUGACUCCAUGUUAGUGAUUGCUCAUGCAUGUUCUACGGUUGUGUUUUAAGUUAAUAUUAGUUGUCCUUGUACUAUUUUUGCCGACCUACUAUUUCCCUGUAUACUAAUAUUCAGUAACAGGUCUUGAGUCGUCCCAAGGCUGCCAUGAUUGAUUGUGCUUAUUAAAUGAUUACUAACUGAAUAUGAAUGCAUAAUAUACAAGGUGUUGUGCUGAUUUUGAUUGGGUUUGUUAAUUAGCUUCCCAUGUUAUUACUUUACCAGUGUUAAUAAUGUGUUUUGCUUGAUGCUUGUUGAUAGGUUCGUCUACCCAAAGCAUGUGCAAUAUAAUCCAACAUACGACACUCAUUGUCCAUUUUGUUUUAUGGUAUGUUUGAAAAAAGGAAACACGAUUUACUUGUUCGUUGUCAUCAGAUUUAAUUUCCUGGAAUAUAAAAUAAAACAUGACUGAAAUAAAAGUUCAAUAAAAUAAGUUUCAUUACAGCUCCACCAUUUUCAUCUUAGUGAUGAAUUCUUAAUUGGUUAUUUUUAGUGCCCGUGUUGCUUGAAUGGCACUUGUUCUAGUCAAGUAGAAAGAGGUGCUAAGGUUUUAAAUGUUAUUCAUUGGAUGUCAGGACUGGUUUUAGAACAAAUAGUGCAAGGCAGUGUUGUCUCUUCAGUUUCCUUUUGCAGCACAGGAUAUUCUCAUGUAGUAGUUUCAUAGGAAAGACCUUUGUGAACAUAAGCUAAAUAAUCAGUUCAUGUAUAGUCUUAUAUAGGUCUUUAAAUGUAUUAUGAUGCUGUAGCAUUGGUAUUCUUUACAGCAAAACUAUGUAUUAUGUUGAACAAUAACUGAAAUUAUGUUAUUAGAUUACAAUAAAAUAGCGAUCAUAAUAUAUUAUUAAUUAAAAAAUUCUAAUAAAUUACAAGAAAAAUAAGAUAUAAAUAAGUUCAGUUAGUUACCUUAAUCAUCAAAUAAUAAAGAUGUCCUAGAUGACUACUUUGCAAAGUAUUUACUGUCAAAGUUUAAAUCUGUAUAAUUUGUAGCCAUGGUAUUUUCUAUUCACUUGGUUUACCAAUUGUGUUUCCUAAACAUAAAGACAGCGAUCGAGAUAAAAUAAAAUUCCAAAACAUUUUUUUUUACAUGAUUUCUUAAGAAAUUGUUAGUCGAUUGAAAUGACAAAAAGAAGGUAUUAUGGGGGAAUAAAAAUGUCAGGUUUGCUUUUCUUUCUAUAUUGAUCCACAAAUAAUGCAGGGAAGCAAUUAAAACUUGUUACAGUUUAAUUUCUUUUUUUCACACUUGUGAAUACUUGGGCAGGCGGAUUCGUAAACUCAAAUAAUUAAAAACUAUAAACUUGGGUGUGUUUGGGUCUAUAUUUACUGUAUUGAAUAUAAACUAUUAUCCUCUUCCACCUUGUCCUGUAUAUACAGUAUUGCUACAAUGUACCCAUUAUGCCUUGAUGUAUAUAUCACAUCACAUUCACAGAUGAUAACUUCAGUAUAAGGACUGUUCAGUUUGACUACAAUUGUGGUGUAACAAAUAUUAGUUAUGAAUUAUUUUGAUGUAGGUUGUGAGAUUGUAUUGAGAUUGCUAGUAUUUAAAACAAGUAUGUGUGUUAUGUGAAGUACCGGUCAACUGUUAUUACAGGGUUGUGGAAAUGCUUUGCUCAUGUGCCCAACCAUAGUAUGUGAUUACUUAAUGAGUAAAUUUACAAGCUUAGUCACCCAUCUGAUUCCAGGUUAAAUCCAAAAAGGAAAAUGUGUGUGUAUAAAAUACUAGUAUACUACUCAAAAAAAAAAGAAUACCAGAUUCUUUCAUAUUACUAUCAUUAUACUCAUGGCAUAAUAUGAAAAAGUCAGGUGCUCUUUAACUUCUUUUGAGUGGUAUAUAUAAGUGAACUUUGAACCUGGACACUAAAUGUUAACUGUUCAUCUCCCCUGUACUCUAGUUCCACCUCCCUGUAGACGUUCAAUGACAAAGAGUGCUCAAACAGCAUCUUAUCAAGCUACGACUUCUAAAUGUAGAUUUGUAUAUUAAUUAGGUUUUAGGGAAUCUGUAUUGUGUAAUCAAGUUUUGUCAAGAAGCAUCUUAAAUUACUUUUUUUAAAGAAACCCAAAAUACUUCAUUUAUUUUGUGAUACCAUACUUCCCCGGGAUGUUAUUUUUUCUUCAAUUUGCAUAUAUUCAUUUUACAAUAUCAUUUAAUUGGAUUACAAUAUUUACAUUUACUUUAUUUACAUCAAAAUGCUGUCAGUGAUUAUUUGUGUGCCCUUUCUUUUAUGAAAUGGAUGAAAUUUAAGAGUUGGAUUUCCUCAUACAUAUCAUUUUAAAUGUUGAUUUAUGUAUAAAUCACUGAUGUCGAUAGUACUGAUUUAUAUUUAUUUACAGUCUGUGUCCUUGACUCACUAUAAAUCAAGUGCCAAUAAACCCACUGAUUGUCACGGUCA